UCGGAAAAAAGUCCAUCUGCAUCUGGCCGCCCUCCGACCCUCUCAACCCCUUCACCGUCCUCAAACGACCCCAACUUAUAUUCUCACCACCACCUGCCUUCCUAUUUCUUGAUACUGAUUACCACUUUCUCUCUCCGACAAGAUGGAGCCGCGCACGGCGGAAAGUCCGAUGGACUUCGAGUGGCAGUCCAAACCCCCCGGAGAUGUGACGUCGCCUUUUUACCAGGUCGGCAUGAAGCAUGACAACCAGAGGAAACGCCCUCACAGUAUUUUCGAUUCCCCUGGAAAAAAGUCCCUACCUGCCCUUCGAGAGCCGAAUUCGCAACCCUACCUUUUCUCUCAACCUAGAACCCAGCAGCCACCAGGCACCCCUAAGCCCGCCUUCAGCCACGCAGCUUUCAUGACCCCUCGCAAAUUCGAUGUCGACUUCUCAUCCGGCGCCGAAAACAUGUCUUCCCCCGAGCAUGCCGACAACGAAGACACCCCCGAUCAACCUACGAAGUCAGGACACCGCAACUCGUUGUACAGCAUGUACGGUCGGUUUGCACCUAGCCCGGGCCGCGGAGAAAUCCCUCGCGUGAGCCACUACUCGAACGCACUGGCGCGACGUGUUCAGAAGAGACGUCGCAGGGAUAAGGCGCUAGAUGUACAGUUGAGGAAGGAGGACAGUGAUGAUGAGAGUGACAAUCCGGACGCAGGACCCCUGGAGAGUACAAAGACACGGCAAGACCAAACACAGCCUGAAGGCCAAUCUGGAUCGCGUUUGGCUUCGUUUUCCGACUUCUUUGCCCUACUGGAAGCGCACCCGAAUAUCCCGAGCAUUCUCUCGUGGUGGGCGCAGUUGGUGGUGAACCUUUCCUUAUUCUCGCUAGCCGUCUACGUGGUUUUCGGCUUCGUUUCUGCUAUCCGUGCUGAAUUUGAUCAGGCGGCCGAGGAGGUGUCGGACACUAUUCUGGCGGAGAUGGCGGCGUGUGCGAAGAGCUAUGUUGACAAUCGAUGCGCCGGCGGCGAUCGUCUUCCAGCGCUGGAGACUGUGUGUGAGAACUGGGAACGAUGCAUGAAUCGGGACCCGGCCAAGGUUGGCCGUGCCAAAGUGUCGGCGCAUACGAUGGCAGUGAUCAUCAACAGCUUCAUUGACCCGAUCAGUUGGAAAGCGAUUGUAUGGAUCCACCUACACCCUUGCCUGGCUACACAGCUAACAUCAUCUCAGUUGUUCUUCCUAGCUACUAUUUCGACCGUCACCGUCGUCAGCAACUGGUCCUUCCGAUCCUUCCGCAACCGCUACAACCAACAUGAUUACUCUCCUCCCGCCCCAGCUUUCACAAGACAGGCCUCCGGUCAGCACCAUCCGCCGAUCGCUCAAUCGCAAUACUCCUACCAGCAUGACCCAGGUUACGGGUACAUGGGCCCUCAGGGCCAGGGAUCAGUCUCCGGAUUUGAAAAACAGGAUGCACCCCUGCUUCUGGAACAACCGCAAGGAAAGGGAUUUGCGACCGAACGGGGCCGUAGCCGGAAUUCCCGCCUACGCACCCCAAGUCCAGUCAAGCGAUUGCUGUGAGCUAUUUAUUAGUCUAUCACCCUCAGCCUCUCCAUGAUGGUCUUGUGUGGUUAUCUUUGGUUUAUCAUUUAUAUCGCAUUUGCUGGUUGCAACGGAGUUCAAGUUGUUUUAUCAGUAGGAAAACAAUAUGGUUAGGUGUUCAGUGCAUGUGUCCCGGCUGGGCCUGGGAGUUUGGAUAAGGGUAUUGUGUACAUAUCAGAUUUGUUUCUGAACCAUGAUCCAAAUAUAAUUUGAAUCUUCAGAAAGUGGUGAAUAAACGCUAAGGUUGUG